GUGUUUUCUAGUAUGAUGAUUCAUUGUAAUAAUUCUUUUGUACUUUUUGUUGUUUAAAAAUUAGUGAGAUGGGUAAUUGUAUAACGAGGCAGAGGUCUCUUGUCAAAAAAGAUGGUGCAGGUUUGACUACUUCAGUAAACAGUAAAGAAAGUACCACUCCUACAUCUCCCAAUCCUCCCAUGCAACAGUUAGCUCUUGAUACUGUUAAUAAUCCGGGUAGGAAUGUCCCUAUGCCUCCUGUACCUGAACCUGAAAAUCCGAGUUCUUCUAAUGUUAAUACCAAAAUAUUUGUUGCUCUCUAUGAUUACGAUGCAAGAACUGAUGAAGACCUGAGUUUUAGAAAGGGUGAACAUUUAGAAAUAUUGAAUGACACCCAAGGGGACUGGUGGUUAGCUAGAAGUAAAGCAACUAAACAAGAAGGAUACAUUCCAUCUAAUUAUGUUGCUAAAUUAAAAUCAAUUGAAGCAGAACCGUGGUACUUCGGAAAAAUAAAACGAAUUGAAGCUGAAAAGAAGCUUUUAUUGCCUGAAAAUGAGCAUGGUUCAUUUCUCAUUAGAGAUUCUGAAAGCAGACGCAAUGAUUACUCACUAUCUGUGAGGGAUGGUGAUACUGUCAAACAUUACAGAAUAAGGCAACUUGAUGAAGGUGGCUUUUUUAUUGCUAGAAGAACUACUUUUCGCACCUUACAAGAAUUGGUUGAACAUUACAGUAAAGAUCCUGAUGGCUUAUGUGUAAAUUUAAGAAAACCUUGCAUUCAGGUUGAAAAACCUGUUACUGGUGGUCUAUCACAUAGCACCCGAGAUCAAUGGGAAAUAGACCGGUCUUCUUUGAAAUUUGUAAGAAAAUUAGGGCAUGGACAAUUUGGUGAAGUUUGGGAAGGCCUUUGGAAUAAUACUACACCCGUUGCAAUUAAAACAUUGAAACCUGGAACAAUGGACCCUAAAGACUUUCUGGCCGAGGCCCAAAUUAUGAAGAAAUUGAGGCAUCCGAAGCUAAUACAGCUGUAUGCAGUUUGUACAAUGGAGGAGCCUAUAUAUAUUAUUACAGAACUAAUGAAAAACGGUAGUUUGCUCGAUUAUUUGCAAGGAAAAGGGCGUGGACUCAUACUUCCACAAUUAAUUGAUAUGGCUGCUCAAAUAGCUGCUGGUAUGGCUUAUCUUGAAAGUCAGAAUUAUAUACACAGGGAUUUAGCUGCCAGAAAUGUAUUAGUCUCUGAUGGAAACGUAGUUAAGAUAGCAGAUUUUGGAUUAGCUCGUUUGAUCAAGGAAGAUGAAUAUGAAGCAAGAGUAGGUGCAAGAUUUCCUAUAAAGUGGACUGCCCCAGAAGCUGCUAAUUAUAGUAAAUUUUCUAUCAAGUCCGAUGUUUGGUCUUUUGGCAUCCUGUUGACAGAGUUAGUUACUUAUGGUCGAAUACCAUAUCCAGGGAUGACGAAUGCUGAGGUUCUACACCAGGUGGAACAUGGAUAUCGAAUGCCAUGUCCUCCAAGUUGUCCUGAAUCAUUAUAUGAAAUAAUGCUUGAGUGCUGGCACAAAGAUCCAAUGAAACGACCUACUUUCGAAACUCUUCAGUGGAAGCUGGAGGAUUUUUAUACAAUGGAAGGAUCAGAUUACAAAGAAGCUUCUGCCUAUUAAGAUUAUUGCUCACAUAUAUUACCAUUUAUUAUACAUCUAAUUUUAAGUUUUCAAGAACUUAUGUUUUACAAAAAAUAUUCUGUUAUAUUCAUUACUUUAAGCGAGAUUGAAUGUAAACUAUCUUAAAAAUUAAAGCUCAAAAGUUGGAAAAGAUGCUAUGUGAUUUCUAUCUUGUAUCUUGCAGUAGUCUGGUCCUUAUCAAUUUUUAAUUUAGCAAUACAAUUAAAUUGAUGUAAAAAAAGUAAAGAUAUUUUUUUUAUCUAUAUAUUUAUUGUGUGUAUGUGUGUGUGUACAUACAACAGGUGUGCACACUCAAGCACACAGAGGCAUAUGUAAAUUAUUUUCAUUGUGAUGUAGUAAAAUUUUAUAAAAAUAUCUUAUUAUUAUUACUGCCAACAUUAUUUAUUCAAUUUUUGCAUUUUAAUCUUCCAGUUUAUGAAGAUAUUUACUAUUUAAAGACUUAAUUUGAUAGGGUUCAUGCAUUUACAAUUUUUGAAUUGUAGUAAAUACCAUUUACCAUAAUAUGAAUAAGUAGCAUAAAAAAUAAAUUCAGUGUAAGUAAUUUUAACAUUUGAAUUAUUCAGUCAAUCAUUGACUGAUCAUUUAGUUGAGCAUAUAUGGGGUUAUGCCAUUUCAUAAGAUAAUAAUUUAAAAACAAAAAAAAACAUUACUUUAAUAAAUUAUCUUGGAAUUUAAAAUGUGCUUAAGGUAUGGUGUAUCUUUCUCAUUCUUACAAUUUUGCACAUAUUUUAAAUAUGUAUACAAGCCUGUGCAAGAGCAUGUGUGUUUGAAUAUAUCUAAUUUAUUUUUGUUGGCUACAUACACUACCAAGUCAAGAAUGUUAAUUUAUACUUUUAGUAGUGUUUAUAUUUUUGGAAUGUACAUAGUUAUAUCUUGUAAUUUUUUGUUGUUAAAUUUUCCAUUUUCUGUUUAUAAAUUAUAUUUGGUAGUGUGAAAUAAAUUUCUAU